UCCAGCCAGAAUGUCGAAGAGAGGUCGUGGAGGUUCAGCUGGAGGGAAAUUCCGUAUUUCCUUGGCCCUUCCUGUGGGAGCCGUUAUCAAUUGUGCAGAUAACACAGGUGCAAAGAAUUUGUACAUCAUUGCUGUCAAUGGGAUCAAAGGUCGUUUGAACCGAAUGCCUGCAGCAGGCUCUGGAGACAUGGUGGUGGCAACAGUGAAGAAAGGAAAGCCAGAACUCCGGAAAAAGGUUAUGCCGGCAGUGGUGAUUCGACAAAGAAAACCGAUUAGAAGAAAAGAUGGGGUGUUUAUAUUUUUUGAGGACAAUGCAGGGGUCAUAGUCAACAAUAAAGGUGAAAUGAAAGGCUCGGCUAUUACAGGACCUGUAGCGAAAGAGUGUGCUGAUCUGUGGCCCCGUAUCGCAUCAAAUGCAAGCUCCAUUUCCUAACUCUGUACAUUGACGAAAGUAAAAAAAAAAAGUGAACGAAAACAAUUUUUUGUCUUUUUGCUGACCCUGUGCAUUUAGCUACAAAGGUUAUUCUAGAAGCCUUUUCAUCUACAUCUAGGUUUUACUGCUGGGAACCCUGG